AUGGAAGGCUCCACAGUCAAGUUCGUGGCUCUAGUUCUGAUUCUAUGUUGUGCACGAUCAAGUUUGGCUGCAGAGUACACUGUAGGUGACCAGCUUGGUUGGAGGCCGCUUGUUAAAUAUUAUAGUUGGGUUCGUAGCAAGUCAAUUAAGCUAGGCGACACUCUAGUGUUCAACUAUGAUGCUUCCCAAGGUUAUAGCGUGGCAGAGGUGACACAGUUUAAGUUCAUCGCUUGCAAUGCAACUAAUGCUAAAUAUUUUGACAACGACGGGCACAGCUCAGUCACUCUCACGGAGCCUGGCCAACAUUACUUUAUGGCCGCUGGCCAUUGCGCUGAUCAAAUGGUGUUCUCAGUACUAGUUUAA